AUGUUCGCUCUACGAGAUGCGAUCUUCCUCAUUGAGCUGGCAAUUUACUGCCCCAUAAUCCCUGCCAUCAUUUUUAUCAUCCUCAUACAUGGUGGCAGAAAGCCGUACACAUGGCGCCCCAUUAUCAUACCUCUCCUACUGCUCUCCGGCUUGAGAAUUUCCGGUGCAGCAUUGGGGCUCACAGCAAUGAAUCCGGACAAAUCCACCCUGCUCACCACGGCAACAUUGCUUGACACGAUCGGGCUGGCGCCAGUUUUAUGCCUGCUGAUAGGACUUCUGAUUAGAGCCAACACGCCCGUGUUCAGGGGCCUUCCUCUCUGGGUCUUCAUCCCGCUCCAGAUGGUGGCCGUUGCCGCCACCGUUAUGACGGCAUACGGUGGACGCGAUCUCUACUCGGCGGGGCAAAACCAAGCUCAAGACCUGCGGCUGAUGCGAGCCGGUAUCUUCCUCUUCAUUGCUGCUUUCAGCGCCACCGUCAUUCUCGCUGUCACCACCCUGCUCAAAGUGCGCGAAAAGUGCUACAGAACCGAGCGGGCGACCGCUGUCUGCGCGCUCUUGUCCGUCCCCUUCAUGAGCGUCCGUCUGGCCUUCUCAGUCGGCUCACUCUUUUCGGGCCAGGAUUCCGUCUUGAAUCCUCUAUCUGAUGAUGAGGCCGGAAUAUGGCUUCAUUUCUUCAUGGUUAUUGUUAUGGAGUAUGUUGCGACGCUCUCCGCGACGGCCGUCGCCUUGACUGCAAGGAGAGUGGUGACGAUGAUUGCUGGGAAAGAUGAGUUGUUGAGUGACGAUGAGUAG